AUGAAACCCCGGUUAAUAUUCCACUUCUUUGCCUAUUCAUUCCUCUUGCCUUGUAUAAGUUCAUUGCCAUGCUCUUAUCAGAAUCCCCGAAUAGAAGACGUCCUUCUGGAAGUUCCCAUCGAACACCGUCACGCGCAUCGUCAUCGAAGGAGUUCUGAUACUGAAGCUCCACCUGAAGUCGAAAAGUUCGCUCCAUUGAGAAUACAACUACAUUAUGACAAAAGUAUUCAAAAUUUGACAGCAGAAGUUCAGAAUUUUGUGAAUACAACAUUACUGCCGGAAGCUGUUGGGUAUUGGGAGAAUGCGUUGAGAGUUCGACCUAUGAAGACGCCGAUUCGGUUGAGGAGAAAAUGUAUCUCAUCAUUCUACUACUAUAAACAAGGAAUGCGUAACGUUGCAUGUGAUAAAGGAUGCCGUGAACACACGACAUGCGGAGAGGCAGACAUUCCGGCCGAUCAUUUAUUGGACUGCCUCGCGUGCAACAACACUGAUGAUUGUCAGACGAGUGGAGAGAUGGGUGAAGGCGUCAAAGAUUCAGAUUUCAUUCUGUAUGUCACCGCCCACAACUCUAAACGUUGCGAAGGUCCGGAGACCCUUUCCUAUGCUGCACAUUGUCAACAAGAAGCAGAUUUCGACCGUCCAAUUGCUGGAAAUGUGAACCUUUGUCCCAACGCCCUCUCCGUUCAUAAUCAUGACUAUGAGAUUCUCACAAGCACAGUGAAACACGAGAUUCUUCAUGCUCUAGGAUUUUCAGUUGGCCUAUACGCAUUUUUCCGUGAUAAAGACGGAAAACCAAGAACAAAACGGAAUCGUUACGGUCGCCCGACAUCACUGAACAAACAGAAAGGGUAUUAUGACUGGGAUAGUAACACGAUUACAACAGUUUUGAGAGAGGAUUGGUGGACUGGAGAGGGGAAAGUCAUCCAUCCGAUUCAUAUGAUGGUGACACCGAAAGUUCGAGAAGAAGCUAGAAGACAUUUCGGAUGCGAUCAGCUGGAAGGGGCGGAGCUUGAGAAUCAAGGAGGAGAGGGCACUUAUUUGACGCAUUGGGAGAAGAGGGCUUAUGAGAACGAAGCAAUGACUGGAACUCAUACUCAGAAUCCGGUAUAUUCUAGGCUGACUCUGGCAUUUUUGGAGGAUACUGGAUGGUAUCAACCUAAUUAUGAAGUCGCUGAAGAUUUGCAUUGGGGAAAAGAGCUUGGUUGUGACUUUGCGAUGAAGAGUUGUGGGGAAUGGAUUCAUCAGAAGAGGAUAUUAGGAGAAGACGCCUAUCCCUACUGUAGUGAUAUCAAACAUGACGGCACCAAGUCAAUGGCAAUAACCAGAUGUACCUCCCAACGCGACUCUCUAGCCCUAUGCAAUCUGAUUCCAUUCCAAAAAGAGCUUCCCUCUCAAUACCGUAACUUUAUGAGUCUCCCAGGAGUCAGUCCCGACGGUGCGAAGUAUUACGGUGGAUCAGUGGAAAUGGCUGAUUACUGUCCGUUUUUACAAGAAUUCGAAUGGAAACUUUUGGAUAAAGAGCAACAUAAAGAUUCGAGGUGUGAGCUGGAGGGGAAUGGAAAAGGAGGAGAGGAUAUUCUAGAAGUUUAUGGAGAGAAUUCGAAAUGUUUUGAGUUUCCGAAGCCAUGGACAGAGAGGAAGUGCGGAAGGAUACGGGUGCUCUCACAUUAUAUGGCAGGGUGUUAUGAGUACCAAUGCACGAAUGGAACUCUCUACGUUGGCUCAUACAACGCCACUGACAUGUAUCCAUGUUACGCUGAAAAUCAAAAGGUCCACAUCAAAAAAGUGGUCGACGGAUGGCUUCGAGAAGGUUCUCUGAUCUGCCCAAAGUGCUCGGAUUACUGUAACAACUGUGGACCGCCCAUCGUGAUUCCAGACUAUAUUGGAGAUUCGGAGUUGGAUGAACCGUGUUCUGCAUUCUCCAGAUUCUCGAUAUUUGGUCUCCUUUUAUUCUAUCUGGUAUUUCUGUAA